AUUGCGCAAGCCGCAUUCGAAUGUCGUCAGCGUUGUGCUUAGCAUCGCUUGGCUGCACUUCUCUCUCCCACUCGUCCGCCAGCCCUCGUCCCCAUGAAUCCGACCAACGCACGUGUUAGAUCCCCACCAGUCAGGGCCCGUCGCGUGUGGCUCGCAUUGUUCCUAGCUCUGGCGUGCGCGUGGGGCGCAGCGCUUCUCUUCCGCUUCAGCUACCCCGCGCGCCGAGAGCUGAUCGCGGCGGGGGAUCCAGGGGUAGCCGUUGGGCGCGAGAGUGACGCUGACUGGCGAGGCGCGCAGUCAUGGCAGUGGUUGGCGCAGGGAUGGACGCGACUGGCGGAGCGGAUUCGUAAUGUGGCGGCGCCGCACGGAUUGCAGAAUGUGUCGGCUUCUGGGGAAGGCGCGGCUGUGGAGGUGGAGGGGUGGAUGGACAUGCGCGAGGCGGCCAGUCGGUGGGAGCAGCAGGUGGGGUGCGCGGCGUUCAGGCGCAAGCAUGGCGGCCCCGAGGCCCAUGGGCAGCACACGAGGCGAGGACCAGCGGCGUUCCCAACCAAUCCGAGCCUCCAGGAUGUGACCUCGCCGCCAUGUGCGUCGCUCACUCUCUCCCACGUGCUGGUGGAUGUGGUGCAGCCUGGUUGGCUGGAGCCCACAGGGCUGGACGGCUUCCACGUGUGCCCCAGAUGCGGCAUCACCUGCCAGCUCGCCUGGAAUCCCUCUCUGCUGCGCGCGUCCCUGCCCCCCCACGCGCAGCUCUUCGUGCACUCCCCCGACGCCAUGCCGCUCACGCGCCCCCCCGCCUCGCCGCUGCGCGUGCUGCUCCAGCUGGAGGCGGACGCCACGCUGGCGGCCGCCAAGAGGGAGGGGCGCGUGGACGUGGCCGUGGGGUACGCGGCGCGCAGCGAGGUGCAGCUGACGUACGUGGACGUGGAGCGCUCGCUCAAGGCGGGCAGGCAGCACCUCCUGGCUCCCGGGAAACGGCAAGACGUCCCGGUGCACCACGCCUCGUCCAACUGCGCGGUGCCAUGGCGCUCUGACCUGCUGGCCUCGCUGCUGCCGCUGCUGGCCCACCACAGCUUUGGCGCGUGCAGCAACAACAUGGGGGGAAGCAACCGCGAGGCAGCGCUGUAUCCCGAAUGCGCGCAUCCGUACGUGGGCGAGCAGCGGCAGGAGGUGGCGCACUGCGUGAAGUCGCACUACAAGUUCGACCUCGCCAUAGAGAACACCGUGUCGCCCAACUACGUCACCGAGAAGUUCUACAGUGCACUUGAAGCAGGCACGGUGCCAGUAUACUUUGGAGCGCCAGACAUUGCCAGCUUUGCACCUCCCGAGUCGUUCAUUGAUGGCCGGCAGUUUGCCACGCACCAGGCCCUGGCAGAUCAUAUUAACCGGCUCCACCGCGACCCCAUUGCAUACAUGCAAUAUCAUGCUUGGCGGUUGUGUGGCGAGUGGGGGAACUAUUCACAUGCACGCUCUCUUGGGUUCUCAUCAUUCCCAUGUAGACUUUGUGAGUAUAUCGGUUUCACACAUGUUUAGGAUGUUCACAUAAACGAACUGUUUCCGAUGUCACCUUUAUCAAGGAUCAAAUGUUAUGACC